AUGGCUGCCGUUUCACUCGCACACUUUGCCCACCAGAGACAGCUGGGAUUGCAGCGCCUCAUGGUGAACGAACGCAAACGAACGAACGCACGCAUGGGCCAUCAACCACUGCACGCGAGGAAGACGAGGAGAGGAAAGGAGAAGGAGAAGGAGAAGGAGAAGCAGAAGCAGAAGCAGAAGCAGAAGCAGAAGCAGCAGAAGGGCGAAGAACAACAGACAAGAGACACAUACGCAGAGCAGAGCAGCAGCAGAGACAAUCACUGUCUACGAAGCGGACGAUUAAUCGGCCACGCCGUUCUCGUGUGCUGGGGCACCACUCGAGGAGAAUACGAAUGCCUACGAGGGAGGAACAGCGACGAUUCGACGAUGAUUCCCUCUCCUCAGUACCCGCUGGAUAAUUCCUGCUCGACAUUGUUCAACAACACCCUGUACACAUACACCUCCUCGGCAUUUCAAUCGUUACCCAUCACAUCUGGAGCAGAAUGGUCGGAAUUGCCAAUGGGAGUUGCUGUGGAAGGAGGAGUGUGUGUCAAGUCGACACCGAAGAAUGAUACAAGUGCAGCAGCGUUAUACAUCGUUGGCGGAACUUCGAAUUCCAGUGACUACCAAGGGUUACAACGAUUCAACUUUGCCAAUGGAACGUGGGAAACUCUACGGCCGUCAGUCGCCGUUACACAAAACCGACUCUACCACGGGGCCGUAUAUUUGAAUACUUCUGAUUCGAUUCUUGUUUAUGCUGGAACACAGGAUGGCUCCAAGCAGAUUUCAUCUCAGACCUUUACGAUCCAAGCGUCUGAACCAUACACCGUCCUGGCGUUCGAGGCCAUCGCACCCCCAGCAAUUUCACCCAUGUUGAUGCAGUGGACAGAGAGCAAAGCAAUCUAUAUUGGAGGCAGUGACACUAACACAAAAGCAAUGAUCUUUAGCCCGUCAACGUCCUGGGUCGACUCGAAUGCUACAUUGGCCAACCCUAUAUACAACACUUCUGCCAUCAAAUCGGUCGUGAUAAAUGGAGAUGAUGCGAGUAAGACAUUAUAUACUUUCGACAUGACGAUGGCACCGAACCAAGUCAACCGGACAAUACUAAUCGAUGGAGAUGGCAAUCCUGUACAGAAUGCAGCGCCGGUGGUGGACAAGAGAUGGGAAGAUCGUUACUACGAAGAAAGAUCAAUUGAGAAGAGAGACAACUUGACUGUUGCAGACUGGCCAGCCUACAACGACACACUAGCGCCCAUGUCCACGAGAACGACAUAUUCGGUAGCUAAAGACCAAAGUGGGUUGGUGGUAAUAUCAGGAGGCAGUACGUCAGAUGUACUUUGUAUGUUCAAAGCAAGAGACAAUUGUUGGGUGAAUGCUACAGCAACACUGGACGCAAAAUCUGUCUCGUCUUCUUCGGCUGACGGACUUGGAACUUCACCUUCAGCGAGUAUCGCAAGCUCGACUGGGACAUCAUCAGCGACAGCAACAGCUGUUGCCUCUGGAAGUGGCAGCGAUGCAGCUUUCCCAACGAAACUUCUUGGAGCUGUUCUUGGCUCAAUAUUGGCGGUUGCUUUCAUACUCAUUGCUUUCUUGGCGCUGUUCAGGUGGCGCAAGAAUAGGAGGCGAUAUUCCGAAGCUGGUCAUCAAAGACGUGCUAGCGGGAUCCCAGAUGAGAAAAAUGCUAUGGACUUUGCCGAUAAGGGCUUACCACAGAUGGUGACCACCAGGCAGUUCCCUGGUCACGAACAGCAAAAUUCACAAGGAUCUUUCUCAUCGAUGGCAAUCCUCAUGGGACGUGUAGGUCACAAGCGAGGGGAUGACAAGAACGGGAGUCUCGGAAGUGACUCGAGUAGUCAAUUCAACAAGAAAUAUAAGACAGCAAUCAGCAAACCAAUACCGCAAGCAGAACCAUUUCAGUCUUCAUCACAACCACUGGUUCAACCAACUCGGGACGAGAAAGCAGUUUCCUUUGCAGCAAAAGACAUCGCUGCGGCUGAAGAAAGGGAAGCAGUACCAAGACCACGUGGAAGCACCAAAGGUGGACGACGUGGAAGUACGAGGAGGAGCUCGGGAUGGAAUCGAUACUGGUCAGGUGGAAGUUCAUUGAACAUUCUUGGCUUUGGCUCGAAGAGGACAACGUACGAAGGUUCAGACCGAAGUUCGGACUCGGAAUAUUCAAUACAAAGGAUGCCCAGUCAGGUCACUCAAACCUCAGCCUUGGUACCACCGUUGAAUCUGGUAGAACGGCCGGAAUUGAAUCGAGUAAUGUCGGGUAGUCCUACCAUCGCGCAUCAGACCAACAAAUUCCCACUGAGUGGAGAGAUGUCUGCACAAUUGGAAAGAUCAGGUUCUGUCGGCUCAUUCUCUUCGUACAAUGACGACCGUCACGAUGCCUUCUCGAGUGGCAUACCAGCAAGCGUUCACGAACAGAACACCUGGACACCUGUCGAGGGACAAGAUUGGGCCCGAACGAGUAACUACUCGGAAAGUGUCUACGCCACUACGUUACCACGAAGUACAGUAAACAACUACCCGAGGCAAACUCUCUUCCCAGCUCCAGGGCAAACUCCAGCGCGGCCUCCGCCCCCACCACAAGACAUGUCAUGGCUGAACCUUGGCAACGAAACACGGAUAUGA